UCUUUGUUUCUUUCACUACAUACUACUCCAUAUAAUAUACCAAUGGGGGAGAGCCGCGGCAGCAUCUUCUUCUUCGGGACCUACAGGCCACCUGUGCCCCUGGACAUCUUCUCCUGCCCGGCUGAUCCGCCGCCGUCAUCUGCCGAGGACGAGCUUCUCCUCACCGACGACGCGUCAUACAACCAGAACGGCCGGCCCGUCCCGCCGGCGGCGCUCAAGGAGAUCCUGGGUUUCCUGGGCAAGAAGAACCCCGAGCUGGCCUCCGACUGCGGCGCCACCCUGGAGGACGUGGACACGGGCCACGUCACCGGCAUGGUUUUCGUCUCCGAGAGGGACCGCGGCCUUGAGACGCUGCACCUAGCUCUGCGCCGCUCUACCGGGGGCAAGGUGAAGGUGCUGAGCCUGCUGGGCGACAUCUAUGGCUUGGACGAUUUAGGCGUGCGCAUGGAGGACAGCGGCUGCAUCGCCGGCGGCUACAUGGUGGAUGGCGUCACCGUGGGCCACUCACUCGUCUACGUGUCCACCAAGGAGGAGGUAAAAGCCCGGCGCACCCCGUGGACCGUGGUCUACAGGACCGACCUUGCCGACGGCAAGACCGAGCGCCUCACUCCACAGGGCCAGUACGAUCUGAGCCCGGCCGUGUCGCCGUCCGGGAAGAUGGUGGCGGUGGCCAACUUCCAGAAGAGCGAGUGGAACGGCGAGAUCGAGAACCUCAAGACUGACAUCGUGAUCAUGGAGGUGCACUGGCGAGGGCUGGGGGGCGAUGGCCGCAGGCGUGUGAUCAAGGACGCCGGCUGGCCGACCUGGGGCAGCGACAACGUCAUCUUCUUCCACCGAGGGUUCGACAAGACGCCGCCCACCAACACCGCAGACUGGGCCGUGUUCCGAUACGACCUCGCGGCUCACAAGGAAGAGCGGGUCACCCCGGUGGGCAUCGACGCCAUGACUCCGGCGGCCAUCAGCGAGACCAGAGUGGCCGUGGCGACCGUCCGACAGAAAUCCAAGCAAGUCGAAAUGGAGGUGGAGCGCGUGAUGGAUCAGUACCGGCACGUGGAGAUCUUCGACACGACCACCCCUUGGUGCUCUGUGCAGAUCACCCAGAGGAUGAGGCCGUUGGGAGACCACUACAACCCCUUCGUGCUCGAUGGCGGCAGACGCAUCGGCUACCACCGCUGCAGAACCGACAAGCUCACUCCGCACGUACGUCCUAGUAUAUACUCCCUCCGUUCCUAAAUAAUUGUCUUUCUA